CAGACGCGUAGGUUGGAAGAACCCUCAAGCAGCUAACCACCCGGCUCUCCUCGAGCCGCGCGCUGAUUGGCCAGGCCCGAGUAAAGGCGGAAGUCUACAGAGCGGGGGAUUCCCCGAGGGAAGUUCCCAACUCUACAGGGCUAUGUAAAACAUACACUACCAUAUCCUCUCCUGCGCUUCUAACUUUGCAUCUCGAGAUCAGGCGACGAAACUGCGGUGGUGUCAAAACAAUAUCUUCGGCCAAGGCAGUUACUCGAAUGAAGCAGGGCUCAUGUCUGCUGUGUCAGUGAUGAUUGUGGAGCACACGGAAUGGAAAGGAACAUCGGAGACCAACUCAACAAAGCCUUCGAAGCCUAUCGUCAGGUCUCCAUUGAGAAAGAAAUAGCUAAGAAGGAGCUGCAGAAAAUGACUGAGUACUAUGAGGGCUAUACCCGUAAACUUCAAAAGCAGAUAGAGGACCAGCAGCGGCUCAUUUCGGUUCUUGAAGCUAAACUGACAGCUCUAAGGCCUCCACCUGCAGGGGAUAUGAAAUGCGAGCCUUGUGAACAUGCCCAUGACGGCGCUAGUGCCUAUAGAAAAUUACAGUACCAGGACAAUGCAGUCACUGGUGCAGCUGCUUUAAAUUUACCAGCCGGCUCCGCUGUUGACUGUCAAGAUAUGCAAGAUGCAUUUGAAGCCAUUCAGGUGAAAUUUCGGAAGAUAAAGUCUUUGACCAGAAGACAAAAAGACCAUCUAAAGAGGUUUAAUGGAGGAAAUGAUACAUUAAAUGAUCAGCGCUUCUCCAUGCCCAUCCAGUGCACGGACCGGACAGCGGAGGCCGAACGACCCUUCUCCUCCUCUGCGCUCAGGACAACAGCAGUAGACAUCCCGCUCCCCGCCUCAUCCCUGGCCUCCCGCGGAGCCGACCCAGACGACCGGGACUUGGACUCUCUGACCAAAUUCAGUGUUAAAUUUCCUCCCUCAGCGGACAGUGAAUACGACUUCUUGAACAGCGCUCCGGACCGCCACGUGGCUCUAGCUGUGGCUGAGGAGGAGCCGGUGGAGCUGCCCCUGUCUUUUGUCUACUCCUCGUCCCCCUCCCACUCGCCAUCGUCCUCGCUUUCCCAGGAGAGCGUACGGGGACCCCAGCAGCCACUGUGGAGCCCUGAGCUGUGCCGCGAGGUGGACGUGGGGGUAGAUCUGGUGUCUCCGCAGAGCAGCAGUCCCGAUAAAUGUGCGUUCUGCCACGCUGUAGUUCCUCCGGACCGGAUGAACAAGCACCUCUAUACACAUUUCUCCCACAAAAACGACAACAACCAGUGACACAUAGCUGCACAAACUGACAGGACAACCACUCCGGAGAAUCCCUCUGGUGGGGCCUGCACUGGAUUUGAAAUGACACUGCCAUAAGACUUGAAAGCAUUUAUUUAAUAUUGAAGAAUUGAAUGGUACACUUGCCUAUUUUUGAAAAUAUUUUACUCAUUUUAAUACUACAUCGUGAGGCAUCCGUGAGCAAAUCAAAUGAAUAUUUA